AUGGCCUCGCGAAAGACCCAGCAAGAGAUCGAAAAGACCUUUAAGAAGGUCGCCGAAGGCAUGGCGACUUUCGAGGGAAUUUACGAAAAGAUUAAAGUAGCCAACAACACAACGCAACGAGAUCGAUUGGAAGAGAAUUUAAAACGCGAAAUCAAGAAACUACAAAGGUUUCGAGAUCAGAUCAAAACGUGGGCUGCGGGCAAUGAAGUAAAGGACAAGACCCCCCUGCUGGAGCAGCGGAGAGCCAUUGAAACAUGCAUGGAGCAAUUCAAGGCCGUCGAAAAAGAUCUCAAGACAAAGGCGUACUCGAAAGAGGGUUUAUCAGCUGCCUCGCGACUCGAUCCAAAAGAAAAGGAAAAAGCCGAAUCAAGCGAUUUUCUGUCAAAUAUGGUCGACGAGCUCCAACAAAGGAUCGAAGCUAUGGAGGCCGAGGAAGAAGUCAUCCAGGCAUCUUUGAAGAAAGGAAAGAAGGACGUUGCCAAGGCAAAUCGAUUAGCAGACAUAGCGCGAGUAUCUGAACGACAUAAGUGGCAUGUGAACAAACUCGAACUACUACUACGGUCGCUCCAAAACGGUAAUGUCGAGGUAUCGCAGGUUCUCGAUCUGAAGGACAGUAUAAAAUAUUAUGUGGAAGAUGGGCAUAAUAUAGACUACUCUGGAGAGGAUGAAACACUCUACGAUGACUUGAAUCUUGGCGACGAUGAAACAGCCUUUGGAAUUGGCAACGAGGGCGACCGAUUGUCUUCGCAAGAUACACAAUCGAUACCAGACGAGGAACCAGAAAUACGGGCGAAGCCGAAGGCUGAAUCAAUAUCAGGACGAAGACCAUCGACGCAACUGAAAUCACCGCUUCCAGUACUCGCCACUCUUCAUCCCACAACGACUACCGCCACGACGUCGAGUCCUAUGAAACCAGCGCCCCUCCCCACUCGACUACCAGGAGAAACACUAAAAUAUGCAUCCGCUGCGGCGGCAGCAGCGGCGAGUGAUCGAAGCGGUGUCGGUAUUGCGCCGUUGCCUCCCCCACCAGGCUCUAGCCCGGCAUCAUCAUCGGUAUUUCCCGUUUCAAAGGCUGGCUCGACAUAUUCCCCAGGUGUCAAUUCAGUUCAACUGGCGUCUCGUGUGGUAUCAACACCAGAGCCGACAGAAAAGCCGACCCGGACUGAAUCACCAGCACCCGCACAAGUAGCGAGCGUUAAGCCUGUGUCGGCAACGCCAGAUCUACCAACACCAGCAGAAAAGUAUGAAGCGGUCCCGUCCAAAGCAAACUCCUCUCAGAUGCAGAAUGGCAACGUUACGAAUGAAGAAACGGCGCCAGCAGCGACGACAACAAAUGCACAGGAUGAAUCAAUGUAUCAUUUACCUCCGGGACUGCAAGACUUGAUUCAAUCUUUUGAGGCGACAAAGACUCGGGGGGAAGCUAACAUCUCGUCGGCAUCCGUACAAAGACUUCUUGCAGCAUCACUAAAUUCCUGUCCGGAACCAGGAGAUGCAGAGAAACCCCGUCACUACAAACCUCAAAACCCUUACAACACCCCGCUCUACUACCCACAAGAACCACUUCCGAUCUUUGACGAUCACCGAUUAUACGAUACGGGACGCAUCGAUACGGACACUUUGUUCUACAUUUUCUACUAUCAGCAAGGAACAUAUCAACAGUACCUAGCCGCGAAAUCAUUGAAGAACCAAAGUUGGCGGUUCCACAAACUCUAUCAGACUUGGUUCCAGCGACAUGAAGAACCAAAGAUGAUAACGGAGGAAUUUGAGCAAGGAACAUAUCGAUUUUUUGAUUACGAAAGCACUUGGAUGAAUCGAAGAAAAGCGGACUUCAAAUUUAUCUAUAAAAUCGAAGCCUACACCUUUGACUACAUGGAUCUUUUCCUAUUCACAUCAUCUACGGCUUUGAUUUGCGGACUGUUCAACUAUACAAGCACAUGUUUUCAAGGCGUCUGUCCUUCGUUCGUUGUGAAUGUUUCCACAGUAUCGCAAGUCCAGGUCGCCGUCAACUUUGAUCGGAAUUCCAAUACUCGCCUUGUUUUAAAGAGCACUGGUCACGGCUUUGUACUACGAAUCAAAUUUGAUACUGGGAUACAGGUUUCUGAAGCGUACAAAUUUGCGAAUGAGCUUGUCGUGACUGCAGUGGGGGGCGAGGCUGGUACUGUUGUUCUGGCUGGGGCUUCCAAUGCUGGUGGCGGCGAUUCUCCCCUGAGUAGUCUAUAUGGAUUGGCAGCCGAUCAGGUCCUGGCAUUGGAAGUCGUGCUGGCUGAUGGUAGUUUUGUCACUGUUCCUGCAAAGAGCAGUUCCGAAAUCUACUGGAUGCUGCAAGGUGGCGGUGACAGCACAAUCGGGGUGGUCAAGUCAAGCACUGAUAUCUGUGAAAAACCGCAAGAUUUUGUCUCAAUCCUCAUCUCGAUCGACAUGGCAAAAUUUCUGUCUUUGUUGACGCUUGCCUCGGCAGCAUUGGCCAGUCCACAUAAAAGAUUGGAGAACACUCUGGGUGUUCAAUAUGGCAUCAACGCCGAUUCUAUGAUCAGCUAUGAUGGCGUGUACUUUGGUUACGCUCCCAACUACGAUCCCCAGGUGACAAUGGCUGAUUUGACUGCAGCCACGGGGCAGAAGGGCGCUACGUACAACGUCUACUCUCAGCUUACGUCUUCCAACGUCGAUAGCGGCUCCUACAAUGGCAACGACCAAUACAACGUGGACGACAUCAUCUCUUCCGGAGCUGUUCUGAUUGCUUCUUUGAUGACCUCUAUUGACUGGACAGAUGUUAGCACGGGCUUGUCCAAGUCUGUGGCAUCCUACUUUGAGAAUACCUUUACCAGCAAGGGGGUUACUGUUUGGUUGCGGUUUGCUCAUGAAAUGAACUAUUAUGCGGAUUCCGGCACGUAUCCUGGUGGAAAAAAUUACGAUGAAUUCAUGACUGCCUGGCAAAACAUGUACAAUGCCACCUCCAGCAAUGACAAGAUCUACAUGUACUGGUCCCCCAACGACGAUAUAACCUCCGAACCCGCUGCUCCCUGGUGGCCCGGUAAGGAAUACGUCGACAUCGUCGGCAUGGAUUACUACCCCAACGCUGACCAAGGAAUCCCCGACUUCGCAACCGCCUAUGGAGCCUUUUACGAUACAUAUGCCGCUGCCAACGGACUUCCAUUCGCUAUUGGUGAGACCGGAACCCAGACAUCGAGUGGAGGAUCUGCUAGCACGGCGCAGAAGGAAGAGUGGUUGAAGAACAUCAUCAAUCCUGAUGGCGGUCUUGGUAAAUACUCGGAGUACUAUAUGAGCUGCACUUGGUUUGAGUAUGGUCCUCCAGCUAAUAGUAUCGACUACUAUGUCGUCUAUGGUCAGGGUAGCACUGUCGUGGAUGAGACCAUCGCCAACACUGAAAUUGGGUCGGCUUAG